AUCUCAACUCAACUGCCAGAAUUUAUUUUGAUAAGCCAAGGAGAAAGGAAAUAGCGACCAUGAUAGAAGGAGAAGUUAACAACUUUAUCAUGGUAUGGAUGGUAGCAACAGCCUCAUUUUGCUACAGCCACGCUGUUGGGAAGCUAGUCACGAAUGGCGGCAAAGCAAGGCUCGUGGCUCUGUUCCCAGCCAUAGUCCUCCUCUUCCUCCUCCCCCUCAGGCUCACCUCCGCCCACCUUGGACCCCCCUCCACUUUCCUCCUUGGCUGGCUUUCCACCUUCAAGCUCCUCCUCUUUGCCUUCCACAAAGGCCCUCUAUCUUCCAAUCCCCCCCUCUCUCUCCCUUACUUUCUAAUAUUAGCUUCCCUCCCCAUCACAUUCCAACACCUAAAAGAUCCAAACCCUCAAACGAUUCCGGAUCCCCACAACAACAAAACCCGCCAGAUAUACCGAUUAGGUCUCAUGGCUAUUCUAUCUGCUUGUUUUUUUCCUCUCUACGGCGAAAAGCAAGAUAGUUUCUACCCAGUCUUCACCUUGUUAUUGAUUAGUCUCCACAUGUACGUUUCAAUGGAGCUUGUUUUCGGACUCGCUUCCGUGGUGGUCAGCAAGCUUCUACACAUAAAGUUGGAUCCUCAUUUCGACAAGCCUUAUCUGAGUACCUCGCUGCAAGAUUUCUGGGGGAGAAGGUGGAACAUCAUGGUCAACCGUGUGCUGCACCCAACCGUAUAUGAUCCCGUGGUGAGGGUGUCGAGCCACGUGGUGGGGCGGAAGUGGGCCCCAUUACCCGCUGUCAUGGCAACCUUUGCGGUGUCGGGGCUGAUGCACGAGCUUGUGUUCUAUAGCUUCAAGCGUGAGAAGCCAAAUACACUGGAGCGGUGGGAACCAUCGUGGGACUCUCUGUGCUUCUUCCUCAUACAUGGGGCUUGUUUGACUAUGGAGAUUGGGGUCAAGAAGAAACUGGGAGGGAGGUGGCGGGUGCCAAAGGCGGUGUCGUUGCCGCUGACGGUGGCGUUCGUGGUUUCUACUGGGUUGUGGCUAUUUGUGCCGGCGCUUGCAAGGUGUGGAGCGUUUGUGAAGGGCAAAAGAGAGUCACUUGCUGUCGUUGACUAUGUGAGAACGCUUGCUCUUACAUAAAUGUUUUCAGCAUUGCUCUAACAUAAAUGGCAUCAUCAAGUGAGCUUUCUCGAGGAAUCUCCUCUUCCCACUCUUGAUAAUGAAGAUGGUAAUGUGAAAGCUUGUGAAAUUUAUGAAGAUUUUUCUAUUGAUGAAGAAUAUGAUGAUGAUUAAAUGACUUGUUCAGACUUUAGUUAAUUAGUUGUUCAUUGCAG